AUGGCGAGUCAGCCAGAUCCGCCUGCUGACCCGCAGGCCGCCCCAUCGCAGCUCUUCGACUCGUACGUCUACUACGCCGCUGAAGCCGCUCGGAUCGCCCGUGAAGCCUGUCAAGGGAAGGAUGGGCUCGUCUCGCGCAUCAAGGAGCUCGAAACAGAGCUCGAGGACUUGCGGCUGGGUCAUCAGAAAGCAGUGAGGUCGGCGCGGGAUGCGCAGAAGCAGCUCGACAUUGGCGAUCAGGUCGUCUUCUGCUGUCUCGACGGCGACGGCUGCAUCUUUGAGCGGUCGCUGAUCCAGAAGGGGCGAGAGGGCGGACGGGAAGCGGCCAAGCGACUCAUCGAGCACAUCCACGACUAUGCGAUAGAGCGAGGCUACCGUGGUCAGCUCAGCAUCGUCGUCAACAUCUUCGUCAACAAGGUUGGACUUAGCAAGGUGUUGCAGUCCUGCGGUAUCGCCGACGAAGCGACCUUCUCCACCUUCCUCCUCGGCUUGAACGCCGCCCACCCUCUCAUCGUCGUCUCGGACGUCGGUCCCUCGAAAGAAGCGUCCGACGCCAAGAUCAACUCUUCCAUCCGCCUCUUCGCCAAAUUUCCCUCGACGAAACUCAUCCUCGCCGGUGCAGCACACGACGGCGGCUACGCGCACCUUUUCUCAGAGCUCGAGACCGAGUCUCCGCAACUUGCCGAAAAGGUCACGCUGCUCAAGAGCUACACCGACUUGGCGUUCGAAAUCAAGCGCCUCAACCUCCGCACAACGUCGUUCGACGGUCUCUUCGAAGCGAAGAAGCUCGUCUCGUACGCGACGCUCGGCACGCCGUCGAUGCCGACGACGACACCUCGCAAAUCGCCUGCGCCGCCUGCCACCACGCCCGGCGGAGGCCUCAAGACGCCCAAGAUGGUAAAGAAGGAUAGCUACACCGGUAACAACAGCACGGUCAAGAAGACGAAUGCGGCCCUUGGCGCUGCGUGGGCUGAGCCGGACGAGUUCAGGCGCGACGAUGGCUUCACGAAGGUGGUCAAGUUGAGACCGAUAGAUCCUUCGAAGCCCCUGCAUAAGCAGGUCCCGCCUGUCUGCAACCGACACUACCUGCUCCCGCCUUGCCGCGACGGCGACGCAUGCCGUUAUGGGCACCAGUAUGCCCUCACGACCGCGCAGCUCGUCGAGCUCCGCCAGAACGCCAAGAAGUCGCCGUGCUCUCACGCCCUCAAGGGCAAGGAGUGCAAGGUCGAGAACUGUCCCCUCGGACAUACCUGCCCUCGCGGAAAAGAUUGCCGCUACGGUACGAAGUGCAGGUUCAGUGCGCCUGGCAUGCACCCUCCGGGUACGAAGGGGCGAAACGACACAGCCGCCUAUCGCGGACCUGAUGUCGGCCCAAGCACCGUCUCUGCGCGCAAGAACGCCAAGUCGACGAACGGGUACGGGAAGAAGUACGGCCCGUCGAGCGACGACUACUACAGCGAGUCGGACGGCUACGAGACGACGAGCUCAAUCGACUAG